AUGGCUCAGGUUGCAUGGACGCUAGUUAAUUGGUCAUCACCAAAGCAAGGCAAAAUACAGCCAGCCUGGUUAAAAUCAUUUAAGGUUACAAACUGCUCUGAGGAAAAAGGAAAACAGUCAACAUUUGUCAUAAGGUCUCUUGAAGUUUCCCCUGACCCAUUGGCUCUUCCUGGUAUUGUAACGGUCCACUUUGAAAUCAACAAUCUUCUUGAUAUUAGUGACUCUGAUGAUGUUCAGAUAAGUGUGGACAUGGACCUAACAAGAGGAGGCACAACUGUUAAGAUACCUUGUUUGGAUAUGUUUGGUUCAUGUACGUACAAUGAUGUCUGCAGCCUGCUGGCACCUAUUGAGACAUGUCCUCCAGAAUUUAUGGAAUCAAAUGUGCCUUGUAAAUGUCCCAUAAACAAGGCAGACUAUAUACUUCAGCAGGUUUCAGCUAAUGUUGGUAUUUCAUUCCCACCUGGAGACUACAGUGCCACUGCCAACAUGACACUCAAUGGUUUGUUUGCAGCUUGUAUCAAUGUCACAUUCACUGUGGAGUAACUAUGAACAUGGAGAAUAAUUCGAAUAAAUAUUAACAUGGAAAGCCAACAUAUUUUUGCUGGACUUUAAAUAGAUUUAAAUCUAUCAAAAUUACUUGCAAACAUUUCAAGUACUUUCCCUUUUGAUUAAAAACUUUAUUUGAUUAUAGCACCAUAUAACUUUUUGUUUAGACUUUUAAAAAAUAGUUUACAGUGUUUUAGGUUUACCACAGACAUGAGUUAAGAAAAUUAAAUGUCUCAUCAGUGUUCCUUUUAUGAAAAUCACUUUCAUGCGAGCAAAAUUUAUGGGGUUUUUGUUUGACCACUUUUAUGGAAAGUAAAAGAUUCAAAACUUAUUUUCAGGAAAUAAUGCAGCCUUAAUUUACAAGAAUGAAACAAUCUGUGCUCUGAUCUUGCAAGUGCUAUUUUUACACACUAAACUAUUGUCUCCAACAGCAAUAAGAUCAGUUAAGUUUGGACUUAGUCUAGAUACACAUAUUUUAAAAUAUUCUGGCAAAAUAUAGAUUCUAUGCUUUUCAGUAUACUAGCCAGUUCUUUGCUUGGUACAUUUAAACCUGAAGCACAAUGAAUAAGCUGCUUUUCAUGAACACAUUUCUGAUACUCAACAGUUCACAUACCUUUGCGGAAACCUUCAUAACAAUAUAAACAGCAAUAUAAGCCACAACACUGGAGAUCGUAGAUGGCAAACAGUUCUAUUAGGUCCUCAUCUCUUUCUUUGUUAAACAGUGCCUUGGGUUCUGCAACAGAAAUGUUAUGUAUAUUUGGUUGAAUCUCAUUUCAUGCAAUGUUAUUUCAGACUUUGUAGGUAUGUUUUUCAGAGUGAGAAGGAAAUGCGCAUUUUCCUAUGCCAUGACUAUAGAGAAAAAUGUAGUUUAUCAUUGCUAUGCGAAUAAAUGAUCUAAACUC